AGAGAUAUCGACGAUCUAAACCAAUACUGUAAUGUAAAUUACAACAUAACUAUUAAUUAUAUUUAAAAACACUUUGAACAUUAAUUAUUGGAACACUAACUGAAGUCUUGUAGUUCGGACAUGCAUUAAUAGAAGUUUGAUUUACGGAUGCUAUGGAAUCGGAGACGAUCAUAAUAGUGAGCGUGUUCGGCGGGGCCUGGCUGGUGUUGAUGCUGAUAUGCAUCAUUUUGUGCACGCAAAUUGCCAGCCUGCGCAGGAAGGUCCAAGACCUUAUGAACUCCGGACGACUUCGGGUGCAGAAGCUGCAGAUGAGUACAGAUGCCCACCAUGCUUUCAAUAACCCUGGCCUGACUCCUGAUGAGGAGUUGGCUCGCCGAGGGUUCUCUAUGUAUCAAGGCUCCGAGGAAGACAUCGAAAGUGGAAGAGGUACUGAGCGGCAGAAGGGUGGGCAGUUCGUAGAGGAGUUGUGCCGCAAGAUUGACGACAGACAGCAACGCCAGAACCAACUCCAUGGGCAAGACCCGGGUAAACACCAAAACCAAACCCAGAAUCAAAAUAACAGCCAGGCGCAGACUCAACAGCAAAUCCAGACCCAGAAUGAACUUCCGAGGCAGGCUGAGAUCCAAAAGAACCAGCCGAACGGCGCUGCACCUUCAUUCUUGCUGCAGAGAAUUGAAGAUAACAAGAAGAAGACCAGAGCUCUGGCUAACCCUGUGGCAAACCAGGGCCGCCAGAGCGAUACCAACCCUAACUUCAUUUAUUAAAUAUUACCUGUAAAUACUACCUAAAUAAUGACAUUUUCAACCGUCGCAGCAUUUCUAGCUACUCGAUUCGUGAUUCGAUUCAUGAAUCGAAAGCUGGUCAACUUAAUGCUGUUUAUAAAAUAUUGUCUUGUAUUAAACAUCGAGGACGCAAAGAUGUUUACUCCAAUGACAAUGUUCCAAAGUUCAGGCUUAUUCUUCUUUUGUUAUCUACUUGUACCAUACAUGCAAGGGUUAGGUGCGAAGACAUAUGGCUGGGACUAUGAGUGGAAAUGCAAUAAUAUUGUAAAUGUUUAAUAUAAAUAUAGGAUUA